AUGGACGGCGAAACUAAGAGUCUCGAAUCGAUCGUAGAAAACAAUCUUACCGGCCGCGAUUUAGAGGAAUUCAACAGGAUCUACUAUGGCAGAAAGAGCCAUCACGAAGUACAGCUGAAGGAAACCUCCAUCGCCGCCGCAAAGGAGAAUGACUUCGAAGUAGCCGCUUACGCAUUUCCCGCCAAGAAAGAGCACACCAGGCCUCCCAGGAUCGUAAAGGUAGGAGUCAUCCAACACUCCGUAGCCAUCCCAACCGAUCGUCCUAUCAACGAACAGAAGAAUGCUAUUUUCGCUAAGGUUAAGAAAAUCAUAGAUGUUGCCGGGCAGGAGGGCGUCAACAUCCUCUGUUUCCAAGAGUUAUGGAACAUGCCUUUCGCAUUUUGCACACGGGAAAAGCAGCCGUGGUGUGAAUUUGCUGAAUCAGCUGAAGAAGGCCCGACGACACGUUUCCUCCGCGAGUUAGCCAUCAAAUAUGCCAUGGUCAUCAUCUCAUCUAUUCUGGAGAGGGAUGAAAAGCACGCAGACAUCCUCUGGAACACGGCAGUCAUAAUAAGCGAUACCGGCAACGUGAUCGGCAAACACCGCAAGAACCACAUUCCUCGAGUGGGCGACUUCAACGAGUCGAACUACUACAUGGAAGGGAACACGGGUCACCCAGUGUUCGCGACGCGUUACGGCAAAAUCGCUGUUAACAUUUGCUUCGGACGCCACCAUGUUUUGAACUGGAUGAUGUUUGGACAGAACGGCGCUGAGAUCGUGUUUAACCCAUCUGCGACAAUCGCUGCUGAUGCUGGCAGCGAGUAUAUGUGGAAUAUCGAAGCUCGUAACGCAGCUAUAACUAAUUGUUACUAUACAGCAGCGAUUAACAGAGUCGGGUUUGAAGAGUUCCCGAAUGAGUUCACGUCCGCUGAUGGUAAGCCAGCUCAUAAGGACUUAGGUCUUUUCUAUGGGUCCAGCUACUUCACGGCUCCGGAUGGCGUACGUUGUCCAGGACUUUCGCGCAACAAGGACGGCCUUUUGAUCUCUGUCAUGGAUUUGAACUUGAACAGACAGAUCAGGGACCGCAGAUGUUAUUAUAUGACGCAACGAUUGGAUAUGUAUGUAAGAAGCCUGAGUAGGGUUCUGGAACUGGAUUUCAAACCACAGGUCGUUCACGAAAAUGACAAAUGUAAGGAAAAGGAAUAA